UCAUAUCUCUAUUUAAAUAUCUACCAUCAGAACUCACCAUGUUAGCAUAGUCUAAACUCAAUUGCAUUGCAUAGCUAGCCAUCAUGCUUCUCGAUUGGUUAGUAGGAUUUCUAGGACAACUUCUGUGCGAGCUACAAGGAAAUAUUGGCCAUAACUUGAUCCACACACCAUUAAAAAUUUCUGCCAAAAUCAUUACUUGGACAACAAGAUAAAAAGUCCACAUAUUUUCAAAAAUCUCUUAAACCAUAAAAUUUUCAAGAUUCCUUCAAAUACUCAAAAUCAUGCUUAACCAUAUGCAACUGACUAUGCAACACAUCAUCACCUUUGGUCCAAAUCCUGGAAAGUUAAGUGCAGGUACAGGUAUGGAGUACUCCCUCCCCUUUCGAGGGUGAUCAGUCCUCAAGAGUGAAAGUAACAUACCCAUAAUGCAGAAAACUAACCAGCUCUGAUACCAAACUGUAACACCCUACCCUAUACGUAUUACCUAAUCAUAUUGUUCAUACAUAUGCAGCGGAAAUAAUCUCGGGUAUUACAUUAUGAUAGACCGUUAGUUACACAUGUUUUCACCCCUGUUCUUACACCGUUUGAGAGGUGGUUUCUCGUGUUUUAGACCGAUUUCACGCUAGGUUGUGCUUGUAUGUGAUAUUUUAGGUCCUGGCAAGUGAAUGAAGGUUUAGGAGCGAGUUCGGGGUCGAUUGGGUGAAGAUCGGGUGCGAGACAAGUCACAAAGGAGGCCACACGGGCAACUGGGUAUGCCACACGGCCGUGUGGCCCUGCCCGUGUGAGUCGGGAUUUCCUGGUUUUAAGCCAAAUUCCGAACCAAAGAAGGGAGAGCUGGGUUUUUGGAUCCCAAACACCCAAGGGAUGAACCAAAGAGAGAGAGGGCGAUUUGAGGGCAUUCUUGGAGUAGAGAAGGAGGAUUUCUUCGCCUUGGAAGCUUGAGGAACAAGCCCGGACUUGAAGACUGAUCAUCUGAAGAUUCUUACUGCAGUCUCUCUCUUCUCUAUGGAGUAACUUCCCUUCACUUAGGUUUUGAGGAACUCUAGCUAUGUUUGUUUGAUUGGAUGAUUGUAUGAGUACUCUGACUGGAUAAUCUUGAGUUCAUAUUCAAUCUAUGCAUGUUUUCAUGAUUCAAUUCUGCUUUAGUCGAGAUUAUUGAUUCUGCUUUGAUCCUAUGAGAGGGAAUACCUGAUUAGGUCAAUAGAGCACCAUAGAUUGAUAGUAGUGGAUCGAUUGCUUUAGUCAAGGGUUGAUUCACUGCAUUGUAUCGAUUGAGAACCUCUUUCGAUAGAGGGAGUCUAGUUCAGAAUGCCUUGAUCAGUUGUUCUAGAGAAGGAUACGUCCCUCUAGGCAAUUGACUCAAGAGGGCCUUGUUCCUUUAGUCGAGACUCAAGGUCUAGUCAAGGAUUCUCCGCAUUGUGAAUGAAAGUGAAACAGGUUAGAGAUCAUCAAUCAUUAAUCUGGCUAGUGGCUAGGGGGAAUCAUACCUAAGUGAGUUCCCAACCUGUAAUUAGAUUAACUUUAACUGUAGUUUGCUAGAGUAGUUUUAGUUCUUUCAUCUUAAUCUGAUUUGCUAAAUAAUAAACUGAAGCUGAGUAAUAGUAACUCUAGAGACCCGUGGAUUCGAUAUUUAUCACUUGAGCCACUUUACUGCAGUCCCUUUCAUUGGUUACACUUGGCCUUUGUUAGGUGUUGUAUUUUAGAGCAUCAAGUUUUUGGCGCCGUUGCCGGGGACUUUCUAGAGUAUUAGGAAAGGCAGAAGUUUGUUACUUUAGCGUUUUUCUUUUCUUUUCCACCCUUGCUUUUCACUUGGUUGUUUUUGUUUUUGUUGGUGCAGAUCUGAAUCAUGGAUCCUAAUGGCUUCUCCAAUCAUUGGGGGUAUCCACCACCACCUGAGUGGUAUUACCCCGAGACUCCCUGGAGCAAUCAAGGAGGAGAAGACUAUGGAUUCGGGUUCUAGUACCAACCCCCUUACUACGGAGAACAACCGGAUCCCUGGGCAUAUCAAGAACAACCUCAUUACCAAGAAGAAUUUUUCCCACAACCAGAGGGGCCAUUGGAGCUGGAGUUACCCAUGGCGGCCUUCACGGGCCAUUCUGCAGAGCCAUGCUACACUCCACAGCCAGAUCCACACUAUGAUUUGAGGCUUCUCAUGGAGAGAUCAUGCUCCAGUAUGGAUCAUUGUGUCCAGGCCUAUCGUGAAACAGAGGGGAUCCUCCUGAGCCUUAAGAAGAGCGUCGAUGAUCUUGAGCGAUCUUGGGCGCAACCUGCUCCAGAUCACCCUUUUGCUACCAUACAAGAAGAUGAGGAGGAAGAAGAAGGCUACAAGGACAUUGUGGAGCACACUGAAGUUGUCACGGAGAGCUCCCGUGAUGAUCAUGAUCAGGAGUGUCCUGUCGUAGCCGACCGCACCUUCCCACACCCCAAACUGCGCUUUGAAGAGGCGGGCAUGAGUGAGGAGAUGCAAGAAGAUCUCAUGAAAGAAAUUGCUUGGCAACUUGCUCUCCAAUCCGUGCUAGAAGAAGAAGAGCAAGAAAGGGUGCAGAAAGAAGUUGUGGAGGAUGGCGAAAGUGAAGCUGGAGAAGUUCUUGAUCAUUUCCCAGGGGUGAUACCACAUGAAGAAGAAAGGGAGGUUAAAGAAGCAAUUGGCAUCCAGGCUGAGGAUGAAGUUGAGGUGGAAGAGGCAUGCACCGGCCAUGAGUUGCAAGUAAUAUCCCCACCAAACUUCGAGGAACUGCUUAGCAAGGACCCAUUUGCAGUGUCUCUUUGCCAGACCAAGGCCACCUCGACAUCGGUCCCUCUUGGUGGACGCGAUGGUGGCCAAUCGAUGCUGUCAUAUCUGGUUUGGGGCAAUGAGACGAGAGAAGAGAAGGAGAGGUCUCGAGGGUGGAGACUUCAUCUGCAUCAAGUACAUGAGCCUUCAUCACCUGCCACACCACAUGCUCAUGACUUGAGACUCCACCUCAUCGACGAGAACCUCAACUUCAAGGAGGUUCUAGCAUGGACCGAAACUUAGGAGCCAUCGUCCGGCUCACGACGUGAAAGAAGCGCUUGUUGGGAGGCAACCCAACCAGUCGGUUUGCAUUUCUUUCUCUAUUUCUCCUCGGUUGAGUUAGUUUUGUUAUUUGAUUUUAGAGUCAAUAACUCAACCUUUGUGAGAUUUUGUGUGGUGUUUGUGUUCUGAUUACUCUCUCUUUCUGGAAUGCACCGCCUGACCCGUUCAUCAUCAUUCACCCUUGAUCUGGUAACUUCGUUCUACCCUCUUUAUCUUUCCUCCAUUGAGGACAAUGUCGUGCUUAAGUGUGGGGGGAUGUUCGAUUAUUUAUGCGGGUGAAUGUAUGGCUGUUUGUGUGCUUGGAGCCUAGUCCACUGUCCAAAUUUUUAAAUUUGAGGGCUCCAAGUACGUGUUUCCUUGCAAUUGCCUGCUCAGUGUGCUUUGAAUUGACAGUCUUUAUAGUGAUAUGCAACCUAGGGAGGUAGUGUAGCACUAUGGAGGAUGUUGAUGCAUUUAAGAAGUCUCAUUUCUCCUUCAUAUUGUGUUGGUUGAUUGAGUGAAUUAGUGAUCUUAGGACCCUUGAAUUGUGUGGUGUUGUGGAUUCUCUGCAUGUCAUGGACUCUUGUGCCAUGUUUUGAAAAUAACAGGUGCUCGAAAAUGUGCUUCAAAAUAAAUGUCUCCCGUGCGAAUAGGGCGAAAGUGUGUAAGGGGAGACGGGAAUCCGUUCCCAAUUUCCACCUACUACCUCCAGCCCCCUUACAUGUCUUUCCCCCGCACGAGGCUCGAGACAUCCGCUCCUGGCAUGGCCGGUAAGAGCAGGUUGGGACCCUUGAAAAGAAAAGAAAAGAAAAAUAACAGAAAACAAGCAAAACAGAAAAAAAAGGGUUCCAACCAUCUUCAAAGAAAAUCGAGCACCUUGAAAAAUGUGAGUCCAUGAUCCUUUGUUUUUGAGAAUUUCUCCAUCCACGAUUCAUUUGUCCUCUGUUCACUUUUUGCCAUGAUGCCGACUCGAUAAGAAGCUUUGAGAUGACUUGUGCGUCGGUUGACCUCGUAAGCUGCUAAAUGACCUAGGAAGUCCUCUACUUACGAUCUGGGUUGUUUGUUGCUAUGGAGGUCUGGAGAGUUGCAUGGGUUUGAGUUAGGUUUGCUUGGGGACAAGCAAAUGGUUAAGUGUGGGGGAGUUUGAUAGACCGUUAGUUACACAUGUUUUCACCCCUGUUCUUACACCGUUUGAGUGGUGGUUUCUCGUGUUUUAGACCGAUUUCACGCUAAGUUGUGCUUGUAUGUGAUAUUUCAGGUCCUGGCAAGUGAAUGAAGGUUUAGGAGAGAGUUCGGGGUCGAUUGGGUGAAGAUCGGGUGCGAGACAAGUCACAAAGGAGGCCACACGGGCAACUGGGUAUGCCACACGGCCGUGUGGCCCUGCCCGUGUGAGUCGGGAUUUCCUGGUUUUAAGCCAAAUUCCGAACCAAAGAAGGGAAAGCUGGGUUUUUGGAUCCCAAACACCCAAGGGACGAACCAAAGAGAGAGAGGGCGAUUUGAGGGCAUUCUUGGAGUAGAGAAGGAGGAUUUCUUCGCCUUGGAAGCUUGAGGAACAAGCCCGGACUUGAAGACUGAUCAUCUGAAGAUUCUUACUGCAGUCUCUCUCUUCUCUAUGGAGUAACUUCCCUUCACUUAGGUUUUGAGGAACCCUAGCUAUGUUUGUUUGAUUGGAUGAUUGUAUGAGUACUCUGACUGGAUAAUCUUGAGUUCAUAUUCAAUCUAUGCAUGUUUUCAUGAUUCAAUUCUGCUUUAGUCGAGAUUAUUGAUUCUGCUUUGAUCCUAUGAGAGGGAAUACCUGAUUAGGUCAAUAGAGCACCAUAGAUUGA